AUGUACUUUUCCGGCGAAAACUCCAUCUGUGGCACUAUAGACGAGGACAAUACGCUGUUCAAGAUCUCCAAGCGGCUCACGUUCGAUGCGCAUCACGAGUUCGCCGCCCUCGACUAUGUGUGGUCCACGCUGCCGAUCCAGUGGUGGAGCAUCAAGCCGCUCGAGGUGCGAGCCCUCGGUGUCAAUGGCGACGUGUUUGGCGAGCUCGUCGACCGCCUCGACGAGCCCGAGGCCCUCGAGGACGACACGGACGACCUGUUUGACAUUGACGUCGACAAGCUCAUGGUCGACAUGCUCUGUGUCGAGCGCGUCGCCCGUGUCGAGAACGCGAUCCAUGCGUCGGCGUACAUCGCCAUCCCGGGCUACGCCGCCCAGCUCCUUGGCGGGUUUCACAACCUCAUGGCCAACCGUGUCACACACUACGACGCGCACAGCGAAAACGUCAUCACGUCGCGGUGCUCGGAGGACCUGGUCUUUGUGUACGAGCCGCUCAAGCUGGCCAUCCCUACCCUCGGGUCGUGCAACCACAUUAUCGACUUUGCGACCUGCUACACGCCCUCUGUGGACACGGCCUAUUUUACCAGUCCCCUGGUGUUUGUCAACAGCAACUAUUUAACCUACCGAUACGACGCCCUGACCGAUCUGCGGACCAGCAUGAUCCAGCUGGUGACGGACCUGGCCGACCGCGUGCAGGCGCAGCCGCUGUCGCCGCUGUUUGAAUCCGACUACCAGCGCAUGGUGGCGCUGUACAAGGAGCUCGUGGCCCUCAACCGGCAGUGGGACGUUUUCCACUUGGAGCGACACAGCGGCCGCAUUGAGACGGGCUUGGCCAGCAAGGAGGAGUACGUGGAGCUCCUGCUGAAGGAGGACAACUCUGAGAUGAUGCACGUAAUACAGCAGCUGGUGAAUCUGCUGCAGUCGCACAUCCCGAACCGCGAGUACAGUGCGUGGGCGGCGCUGUACAACGCCAAGACCAGGAGCCAGGUCGCCGAGACCGUGAACGCCGUCGCCGACGCGCUGAAGCCGUUUGUCGACGAGUGCCACGACCGCCUCUCGCAGACGUACUUCUGCCGCACGCUCGUAAAGAACCUCACGGGGCGCGAGGGCGACGAGAACACAACCAGGGCCCGCGACCGCUUCGAGUCGCUCGUGAUGCUCGAGUUUGGCACCUUCCGGAGCAUCGACGAGAUCCCCAAGCUGGACUUUGCGCGGCUCCACGGGCUGCUGGGAGACUUUGUGGAGAUUGUGGAGUUCCUGCUGGCCCGCGAGAUCGUGGAGAACGAGCGCGUGUACGACAAUGUGCGGCAGCAGCUGGGCUCGGACCCGCAGGCCAUCUAUGAGCAGUACGCAGCCGUCAUCGCCAAGUACAUCUACGUCCCGCCGACCAAUAUCUACACCAAGUUCUGCUUUAGCAGCAACCCACACCACAUCAUCGCGGUACCCAAUACCAACAAGGAGCUCCUGGCGGCCCUCAACGAGCCCGCAAUGACAGCCGAGAAGUACUACGCCACCCUGAUGGCCAGCAAGAACCAGCUGGUCCCCAUUGAGUCGAGCGCCGAGUACGCCAUGUCGCUGUUCCCGUAA